ACCCCCCCCCCCCCCAAAAAAAAAAAAAAAAAAAGAAAAGAGGAAAAUUUCUAUAGAUGUAGAAAAGGAGAGGAGGGUAUUGGGUUCUAAUCGAUAAUGUAGUCUUUAGGGUUCCUCUUUCUUCGAGUUAGUAGUAGAUCUGCCCGAGUUGAUGAACAAACCCGAGGAAAGGACGUAGCAUUGAUUUACAUUUCAGCUAUACUCUCAGCUAGCAAAAGACGAUGGAAGAAUUGUCGGCUAAUGGGCACCGUUUUAGAAGAGUACUACGUGAAUCCUUUGAUGCUAAUAUGGAAUUGGACCCACUGCUAAAUGAAGAAUUGGACCAGUGGCCUCAUUUAAAUGAACUGGUUCAAUGCUAUAAAGCUGAUUGGGUAAAGGAUGAAAACAAGUACGGGCACUAUGAAAGUAUUGCACCUAUCUCUUUUCAAAGUCAGAUAUUUGAAGGGCCUGAUACUGACAUGGAAACAGAAAUGCGUCUUGCCAGCAUAAGGCAUUCCAAGGUUGAAGAUGCUAUUGAUGAUGACAUCCCGAGUACCUCAGGAAGACAAUCAUCGGAGCACUUUGGUGAAUCUCCAUUAUAUGCAUACGAACCAGCUUUUGAAUGGGAAAAUGAGAGGUCAUUGAUCUUUGGUCAAAGGACUCCUGAAAUACAUCCACAACAGUAUAGCAGUGGAUUGAAGAUCUCUGUGAGGGUUCUGUCCUUGUUGUUUCAAGCAGGACUGGUUGAGCCAUUCUAUGGUACAAUUUGCUUGUACAAUAGAGAGAGACGGGAGAAAUUGUCAGAGGAUUUCUACUUUCAUGUGCUACCAAAUGAUAUGCAGGAUGGUAGACUUUCUUCUGAGCGACGCUGUAUUUUCUCAUUAGAUGCUCCAUCUGCAUCAGUUUGCCUGAUGAUUCAAUUAGAGAAGCCAGCUGCAGAAGAGGGUGGUGUCACUCCUUCUGUUUAUUCACGCAGAGAACCAGUGCACUUGACGGAGAGAGAGAAACAGAAACUUCAAGUGUGGUCUCGAAUCAUGCCUUACAGAGAGGCGUUUGCUUGGGCUAUUGUUCCACUGUUUGAUAAUAGCAUUGCUGCAGGCGCUGGUGGAGCUACUUCCCCCAGCAGUCCUCUUGCUGCUAGUAUUUCUGGGUCAAGUUCCAUAGAGAGUGUUGCUGAAGCUGUUGCAAAAAUCCCAUUAGAUGGGAAGCUGGCUCAGUUUUCAAGGGGAAGCUCUGUGAUAAUUGAAGUAUCAAACUUAAAUAAGGUUAAAGAAAGUUAUACUGAGGACUCACUUCAGGAUCCUAAGCGGAAGAUCCAUAAACCAGUGAAGGGAGCUUUGAGACUUGAAAUUGAAAAGCUUCAGGCUGCUCAUUUUGACUCGGACAGUGUCUCUGAUAGUGGCAGUGUAACCAACGAAGUCAUUGAUGUUGGGGAUCGAUAUGCUGACCCCACAUUUACAAAAUGCCCUAGUAAUGGUUCUGAUGGUUCUCAUAGUGGCAACUGUAAGUGGAACUUCCCUGAUGGUCGAGAAGCAGGCAGAAAUGGUUCAAAUGUUGUUCCAGGAAAUAGUCCAAACUUCACUGCUGAUGUCUUCCAAGCUUUUGACUUUCGUACUUUGACAAGAAGUGAGCCAUUCUCGCAACUCCUACAUUUUCUUUAUGUAUACCCAUUGACAAUCAGUUUGAGUCGGAAGAGGAAUUUAUUCAUACGGGUGGAGCUGAGGAAGGAUGAUGCUGAUAUUCGUAGGCAGCCAUUAGAGGCAAUGUAUCCAAGGGGUGAAGGAAUAUCGCUUCAGAGAUGGGCUCACACACAAGUUGCUGUUGGUGCCAGGGUUGCUUGUUUUCAUGAUGAGAUUAAACUUUGCCUCCCUGCUAUUUUGACAGCUCAACAUCAUCUUCUGUUUACUUUCUUUCAUAUUGAUCUUCAAACAAAACUUGAAGCUCCAAAGCCUGCAGUGAUCGGUUAUGCUGCACUCCCUUUGUCCACUCACAUUCAGUUGCAAUCUGAAAUUUCUCUAUCAAUUAUGAGAGAGCUGGCUCCGCACUAUCUCCAAGAUAGUGGGAAGGAGAGGCUGGAUUACUUGGAAGAUGGAAAAGCUGUCUUUGGAUUGCGUUUAAGGCUAUGCUCUGCUUUAUACCCAAUUAAUGAACGUAUUCGAGAUUUUUUUCUUGAAUAUGAUAGGCACACACUUCGGACAAGUCCACCUUGGGGUACUGAGCUUCUGGAGGCCAUCAACAGUUUAAAGAAUGUUGAUUCCACUGCUUUAAUUCAGUUUCUGCAUCCAAUUUUGAAUAUGCUUCUCCAUCUCAUUGGCGACGGUGGUGAAACCCUUCAGGUUGCAGCCUUCCGUGCCAUGGUCAAUAUAUUAACAAGAGUGCAGCAGGAAUCAUCUGAUGGAGCUGAAAGAAACCGUUUUCUCGUAAACUAUGUGGAUUAUGCUUUUGAUGACUUUGGGGGUCGACAACUUCCAGUUUAUCCUGGGCUGUCCACGGUGUGGGGCAGCUUAGCCCGUAGUAAGGCUAAAGGCUAUCGUGUUGGUCCAGUUUAUGAUGAUGUCUUGGCAAUGGCUUGGUUUUUCUUGGAGCUAAUUGUAAAGUCCAUGGCUCUGGAGCAGAGCAGGCUUUUCUAUCAUACUCUUCCUUCAGGGGAAGAUGUUCCACCAUUGCAAUUGAAAGAAGGUGUAUUCAGAUGUAUCAUGCAGCUGUAUGAUUGCUUGCUUACAGAAGUUCAUGAACGCUGCAAAAAGGGGUUAAGCUUGGCAAAACGUUUGAACAGCAGUUUAGCCUUCUUUUGUUAUGACCUCUUGUCCAUUAUCGAGCCUCGCCAAGUUUUUGAGCUGGUGUCCUUGUACAUGGACAAAUUCUCUGGGGUUUGCCAAUCUGUUUUGCAUGAUUGCAAGCUUACCUUUUUGCAGAUAAUAUGUGAUCAUGAUCUCUUUGUGGAGAUGCCUGGGAGAGAUCCUUCUGAUAGGAACUAUCUUUCAUCAGUUUUAAUCCAGGAACUUUUCCUUACUUGGGAUCAUGAUGAUUUAGUUCUGCGAGCUAAAGCAGCUCGAAUGUUGGUGGUCCUUAUGUGCAAGCUUGAGUUUGAUGCUAGAUACCAGAAAGAUGAAGAUAAACUAUAUAUUGCUCAGCUAUAUUUUCCACUCAUUGGACAGAUCCUAGAUGAAAUGCCUGUCUUUUACAACCUUGGUGUUGUUGAAAAGCGUGAAGUCUUAGUUGUCAUCAUGCAAAUUAUACGUAAUCUGGAUGAUGCAUCUCUUGUCAAGGCCUGGCAACAAAGUGUUGCUCGAACCAGAUUAUUUUUCAAGCUCUUGGAGGAGUGCCUCAUUCUUUUUGAGCACAGGAAACCAGCUGAUAGUACACUUAUGGGCUGCAGUUCACGAAGUCCUGAGGGAGAAGGUCCUAUUUCCCCGAAGUACAGUGAUAGGCUCUCCCCUGCAAUGAACAACUAUCUUUCUGAGGCAUCUCGGCAAGAAGUCAGACCUCAGGGAACCCCCGAAAAUGGUUAUUUGUGGCAGAGAGUCAGUCCCCAGUUAAGCUCCCCGAGCCAGCCAUAUUCCUUGAGAGAAGCUCUAGCUCAGGCACAGUCUUCUAGGAUUGGAGCUUCGUCACGAGCAUUAAGAGAGUCCCUGCACCCAGUAUUGAGACAAAAACUGGAACUUUGGGAAGAAAACUUAAGUGCUGCUGUUAGUCUCCUCGUUUUGGAGAUAACUGAGAAAUUUUCUACAGCUGCAGCAUCUCAUAGCAUUGCUACCGAUUAUGGAAAUUUGGAUUGUAUCACUUCCAUAUUUAUGAGCUUCUUCUUACGAAGUCAGCCACUGGCUUUUUGGAAGGCUUUGUUUCCUGUGUUCAACAGUGUAUUCAAUCUCCAUGGAGCAACAUUAAUGGCAAGGGAGAACGACCGCUUCCUAAAGCAGAUUGCUUUCCAUCUUCUCCGGCUUGCGGUCUAUCGAAAUGAUAAUAUCAGGAGACAGGCAGUCAUUGGACUGCAAAUACUCGUGAGGAGUUCUUUCUGUUACUUUAUGCAGACAAGUAGGUUGCGGGUAAUGUUGACAAUUACCUUGUCGGAGUUGAUGUCUGAUGUACAAGUGACUCAGAUGAAGUCUGAUGGAUCACUUGAAGAGAGUGGCGAGGCUCGGCGUCUGGGGAAAUCAUUGCAAGAGAUGGCACAUGAAGCAAGUAGCCUUUGCAUAUUAAAAGAGUGUGGGCUUCCAGAGAAUGCUCUAAUUGCAAUUCCUGAUGGUUUUACAGUGAACCGGUGGUCCUGGGCAGAUGUGAAAUAUCUAUCUGACAGCCUUCUUCAGGCCCUUGAUGCUGGCCUAGAGCACGCCCUCUUAACCCCUGUAAUGACCGUGGACCGUUAUGCUGCGGCCGAAAGCUUCUAUCGACUUGCAAUGGCAUAUGCGCCUGUCCCAGAUCUUCAUAUAAUGUGGUUACUGCAUUUAUGUGAUGCACAUCAAGAGAUGCAGGCAUGGGCUGAAGCUGCACAGUGCGCUGUUGCUGUAGCUGGUGUGAUUAUGCAGGCUCUCGUGGGAAGAAAUGACGCUGUGUGGAGUAGAGAUCAUGUUACAGCUUUGUGUAAAAUAUGCCCCAUGGUCAGCAGUGAAGUUACUGCUGAGGCUUCUGCAGCUGAGGUUGAGGGAUAUGGUGCAUCCAAACUCACUGUUGACUCUGCUGUGAAAUACCUACAGCUUGCAAAUAAGCUAUUCUCUCAAGCAGAGCUCUAUCAUUUCUGUGCAAGCAUUAUAGAACUCAUAAUUCCGGUUUAUAAAAGCCGGAGGGCGUUUGGACAGCUUGCAAAAUGCCACACAUCAUUGACCAACAUCUAUGAAUCUAUCCUUGAGCAGGAAUCGAGCCCAAUACCGUUCAUUGAUGCCACGUACUAUCGUGUGGGAUUUUAUGGCGAUCGAUUUGGGAAGCUUGAUAGGAAGGAAUACGUGUACAGAGAGCCCCGUGAUGUACGCUUGGGUGAUAUAAUGGAGAAACUUAGUCAUAUAUAUGAAUCUAGGAUUGAUGGAGAUCACACUCUGCAUAUAAUUCCCGAUUCUAGACAAGUCAAUGCCGAUGAGUUACAACCAGGGAUCUGCUAUCUGCAGAUAACUGCAGUCGAUCCUGUCAUGGAAGAUGAGGACCUGAGCAGUAGAAGAGAAAGGAUAUUCUCUCUUUCCACUGGAAGCAUGCGUGCACGUGUCUUCGAUCGGUUUCUGUUUGACACCCCAUUUACAAAAAAUGGAAAGACACAAGGCGGCUUGGAAGACCAGUGGAAGCGACGUACCGUACUUCAGACUAAGGCGUCCUUCCCUGCCCUAGUAAACCGUCUUUUGGUAGUGAAAUCCGAAUCCCUUGAGUUCUCACCAGUAGAAAAUGCUAUUGGGAUGAUUGAAACCCGGACAGCUGCACUGAGGAAUGAGCUCGAAGAGCCUCGAAGCUCUGAAGGAGAUCAACUCCCACGUCUCCAAAGUUUACAGAGGAUACUCCAAGGCAGUGUUGCAGUUCAGGUGAACAGUGGAGUCUUGAGUGUGUGCACAGCGUUUCUGUCAGGUGAGCCUACAACCAGAUUGCGGUCACAAGAACUGCAGCAACUCAUUGCUGCACUCCUCGAAUUCAUGGCAGUUUGCAAGCGUGCAAUUCGGGUCCACUUCAGGUUAAUUGGGGAGGAAGAUCAAGACUUCCACACUCAGUUGGUGAAUGGAUUUCAGUCCCUCACAGCAGAGCUUUCUCACUACAUCCCUGCCAUACUUUCUGAGCUAUGAGGCUUAUGCAAUU